AUGAAGCGGGACAGCAGCUGGCACGCCCGUAAAAUUCUGCCAGAGGAAGUACCAACUAACGAACAAGCCAUCUACCUUCUUCAUGCGCGCGUCGCCGCGAGCCCUAGCAAAGGCGCCGCCCUGCACGCGCCGUCCAUCAUGGAUCUCCCCGGCGCCUCCCUCCCCGCUCCUCCCCCUCGCCGCCGCGCGCUCGCCUUCUCGAUGCUCGCCGUCAGGAUUAGCUUCAUGACCGCCAAACUACGCCAGCUAGGCUACAAUGAAGUGACGGCUUGCACUGAUCCAGCGGCGGCCAUGGCGGAGCUUCGCGGGGGGCACAAGUUCAAGGCCGUGCUGGUCGACGUGUACUCUCUGCGCUACAGCCCGGCGCCGGCCUUCGAGCUCUUGGACUGUGCCAUCGGCGAGAUGCACAUCGAUACAUACGCUAUGUCGAAAACUGGCGUCCGCUAUGGACCCAUAGUGAUGGAGGAUCUCAAUAGAAUUAGGGAGGGCAUCUACAAUAAAGCAUCCAAUGGAUUUGAGUCCCUGGAGGCCACACUGAACAGUUCAUGCAACAACACAUCGGUGAUGACAAUGCCCACAACAACAACCUUAUUAAUCUCGGGAAGGAGGGCGACAAGGAGGAGGGUUAGAAUGACACAAGUAAGCGAUUCAAACAGUCAGCAGGAGCUGGAUGGAGGGAGUGUCAAGAACGAGCAGCAAAAUCCGGCUGAGAAGCCAAAGAAGGCCCGAGUCGUUUGGACUGACGAAUUACACAAGAAGUUUGUGGAAGCGCAUGACAAACUCCUCCCUGGAGAUGCCGUGCCAAAGAAAAUACUUAAGCUGAUGAAUGACUCUACACUUACUAGAGAGAACAUUGCCAGCCACCUUCAGAAACAUAGGAUGAACAUCGAUCCUCUUCGUAGGGGCAAUCCUAAAACAAAGCAUCAGAAAUUGACACCUCCCCAAGCAUCAUUGUCAUCUCCUAACUUGUCUCAGCAACAGGCUUCUCCUACAAUGAUGCAACCUUUGUCUAGUUCAAACUUUUCAGAGACUUCUAUAACACAAGGAGUUGUUUGCAUGAACCAUAAUAUGAAUGUUCAGCCAAUGGUCAAACCUCCCCCAGUUAGUGACAUGCAGGACAGUCAUCCGGCGAUGUACAUGCAAUCAUUUAAGGAUUCCACUUUUUGUCAAACAGAAUGUGUGUUCUCGGAGGAUCUAGAGUCGAAAGAUAUGUACACUAGAGAUAAUAAAUCUAAACAAAAUAGCACGUGGUGUCCUGAUAAUUUAGAUAUUAGCACGAUUUUGGAUAAAGAUCCUAAGCCUUCAUGGGAUGUAAAGUAUCUCUUCUACAAUGGUGACUAAAACAUUUUGUGCACACAAAGGACCGGCUUCCAGGGCUAAUCAGUGGAGAGUCUAUCUUAAUUCUUGAAUACAUAUAGCGUGUUAAGGCGGAUAGUGCUUAUGUGUAUGGCAUUUCUACCUAAGGUCAUGGUUGUGUGAUCGGAUUUUGUGAAAUAUCAUUGCAUGGACCACAUACUCCAAUAAACUCAUGUGUGUGUGUGUGUGUGUGUGUGUGUGUGCCCACACACACACACUUUUCUGAAAUUGAAUAAUGCCAUUU